AUGACGGAAGUGCUUCAGUUGCCUUCAUCGUCAAGCUGUGGUGGUCUCACACCCAAUGAUGGGUCGCACCCAAGUUCCCUUAUUAACGCUCCCACUGUGGAAGAAGGGGUGCUGCCACAGUCCCCUUUGGAUUUGGAAGCUGAAGAGGAAGAGGAAGAGGAAGAAGAAGAGAAAGAAAGGGAAAGAGAAAGGGAUCAGCUUUCAAUUUUGACCCUGUUGAUUGCUACGUUUAGGAAGUCUCUGAUUGGGUGCAGCACUACAGCUUCCCCUUCUUCUUCUUCUUCUUCUUCUUCUUCCAUGGAGAUUGGGUGGCCUUCCAAUGUGAGGCACGUGGCUCAUGUCACCUUCGAUCGCUUCCAUGGUUUUCUUGGUUUGCCUGUUGAGUUUGAACCCGAAGUUCCCAGGAGGCCCCCCAGCGCUAGCACAAAUGUUUUUGGAGUUUCAACAGAAUCUAUGCAGCUUUCUUUUGACGCCAGAGGAAAUAGUGUACCUACAAUACUUUUGUUAAUGCAAAGACAUUUGUAUGCACGUGGAGGCCUGCAGGCUGAAGGAAUCUUCAGAAUCAAUGCUGAAAAUGGUCAAGAGGAGUUUGUGAGGGAACAAUUAAACAGAGGGGUAGUACCAGAUGGCAUUGAUGUGCACUGCUUGGCAGGUCUCAUAAAGGCUUGGUUCAGAGAACUACCUACUGGGGUAUUGGACCCUCUCUCACCAGAGCAGGUGAUGCAAUCCCAGUCGGAAGAAGAAUGUGCUCAGCUUGUGAGACUUCUUCCUCCAACAGAAGCUGCUUUGCUAGAUUGGGCGAUAAACUUAAUGGCAGAUGUUGCUCAAAUGGAAAACUUGAACAAGAUGAAUGCACGUAAUGUUGCAAUGGUUUUCGCACCAAACAUGACCCAAAUGGCAGAUCCUUUGACUGCUUUGAUGUAUGCAGUACAAGUCAUGAAUUUUCUCAAGACUCUGGUCGUCAAGACACUUAGAGAAAGAGAGGAGUCCAUUGUAAAAUCAAAUCCUGUUCCCAACCUUGAUUCUUUUGACGAUGAUGGGCACCAUAGUAAUUCAGAAAUGCUUCACAAGCAUGGCGGUGAAAGUGGAAAUGAUUGUAGUGAUGAAGAUGAGGGUGCAGUAUUUGUCACUGCAGAGCCGGCUGAACAAAGCCCUAGUCAUCUUACUGAAGAUGGAUGUGAAACUGAGUCCAAAAGUUUGCCAACAUCUACUGAAAAUUUUAUUUCUAGUGGAAAUAGGUUGUUGGUUGACAAUUGUCCUUGCAAUCUUGUGUCUCAAAUUUGCUCCUUGGCAAUUGGGCUUCAAGACUGUGGCCUCACUACUGGGCAGACAAAGGGGUAUCAAGCAAACUUUUGCAGGAGCAAAAGCCUUCAGUUGAGUACUCAUGAUGUAGACAAAUGUUCCAGAAAGGUGAUUGAGCUUCCCGUAGCAGGAGCUACAGAGAAGAACAGGGGAACUGCAAUUAUUGGGCGUCUAAAUUCAAGAACGGAGUUGGCUGAAGCUUGGCGUUGA